AUGAGCAGUAACAUUGACAACAUCAGCGAGACCAUCAUAAAUCUAACGGGACAGCGGCCACUAUUCAACUUCACGCGCUCAGGACUUAUCACCCUCAAGAUUACCGACCUGACAAUGCCCCAGGCCAACGCUACAGCCCGUCGGACUCAACUCCCCACCAGCAGUGCCCACGGAAACCUGACGACUGAACAACGGCUGGCAAUGUAUGCCAUGCUUCUCGAGAGCACUGUCAGCGGCAAGCUUUCGUGUGGAGCUCUGAAGCCUGCGGUUGGGCGACCGCACUACGAUCACACGAAGAAAAGGCUCUUCGACGGCAAAAUUGGCAUUUGGCCGUUCGUCGAAAUCGCUCCAGCCCAGCGAUCAAGCAAGAACCGCCCCAAGUGA